AAGUGUGUGCGAUGGACAGGUGUAAGCACGUGGGGCGGCUCAGGCUGGCCCCAGACCACUCCAUCCUCAACCCCCAGAAGUGGCACUGCGUGGACUGCAACACCACAGAGUCGGUGUGGGCCUGCCUGGGCUGUGCCCACGUUGCGUGUGGCCGCUACAUCGAGGAGCACGCCCUGCAGCACUUCCUGCAGCAUCACCACCCGUUGGCCAUAGAGGUCAACGAGCUCUAUGUCUUCUGCUACCUAUGUGACGACUACGUGCUCAACGACAACGCGACGGGAGACCUCAAGCUGCUGCGCUCCACUCUCAGUGCCAUCCAGAGCCAGCGCUACGAGGUCACCACCCGCUCAGGACGCAUCUUGAGAUCGGCUAGCGCUCCACCCGACGCCCCCCAGCCCUGCGGCUCCAGCGAACUGCAGCUGAGGGACGAGGACCGCAUGUUCACGGCGCUCUGGCACCGCCGCCGGGCACUGAUGGGUCGAGUGUUCCACACCUGGUUCAGCCUGACGGAAGGGGGGAAGAGGAGGGAGGAGGAGGAGAGGCAGAGAGAGGAGGAGGAGAGGAGGAGGAAGGAGUUGAGAGAGAGGAGGAAGACGUUGAAGAGGCAGCUACAGGAAGCGUUGGAGAGUGCUCCACCCAGGAAGAGUCACCGCCUGAGGAGAGCCAGCCAGAGAGCUGCCGCCGCCGCUGCUGUCACCCCCUGCUCCACACGAACACCCGCCUCUGCCCAAGCCCGGAUUGCCCCCUCCCCGGCCCCCCGCCGUGCCCCCCCCAAACAGGGCGACUCGCCCCUCAAACGGCGGCCCACUGUCACUCCGGGUGUCACGGGUCUGCGUAACCUAGGCAACACAUGCUACAUGAACUCCAUCCUGCAGGUGCUGAGCCACCUUCACAUCUUCAGGGAGUGUUUCCUCCAGCUGGACCUGACGCAGGCCCUGGAGCUGCUGGCCUCGGCCGUUCACGGCCAGCUGGUGGUUCCCAGCCCCGGGGGCCCUGUGUCGUCCUUCCCGCUGGCCCAGAGGAGAGGCCCCCAGGUGGGUGCUGGGCUAAGCGGGGGUGCCUCCAGGGCCCGGAGCAUGGAGCUGAUUCAGCCCAAGGAGCCCAGCUCCAAGCACAUCUCCCUGUGCCACGAGCUGCACACACUCUUCCAGGUGAUGUGGUCGGGCAAGUGGGCACUGGUGUCGCCCUUUGCCAUGCUGCACUCGGUGUGGCAGCUGAUCCCAGCCUUCCGGGGCUACGCCCAGCAGGAUGCCCAGGAGUUCCUGUGUGAGCUGCUUGACAAGGUGCAGCACGAGCUGGAGAGCACAGGGACUCACACGCCGCCCGCUGGUGUGUCAACCGGACAGAGACAUCUCAUCAAGCAGGUGCUCAGCAUAGUCAACACCAUCUUCCACGGUCAGCUCCUCAGCCAGGUGACGUGUCUAGCAUGUGACCACCGCUCCAACACGGUGGAACCCUUCUGGGACCUAUCGCUGGAGUUCCCCGAGCGUUACCACAGCAACAGCCGAGAGAGCGCAGCGCAGGUCUCGUGCCAGCUGACGGAGAUGCUGGCCAAGUUCACGGAGACCGAAGCCCUGGAGGGCAACAUCUACGCCUGCGACCAGUGCAACAGUAAGCGGCGGAGGUUCUCCUCCAAGCCUGUCAUCCUGACUGAAGCUCAGAAACAGCUGAUGGUUCACAAACUGCCUCAGGUCCUGCGCCUGCACCUCAAACGCUUCAGGUGGUCUGGGAGAAACCACAGGGAGAAGAUCGGGGUCCACGUCAGCUUUGACCAGCUCCUCAACAUGGAGCCAUACUGCUGCAGAGACCCCUCCCCCAAGAGCUCGCCAUACUCCAGUCCAGCCCCCGCCGGCUCCCCGACCCCCAAACACUUCCUGUACGAACUGUCUGCUGUGGUGAUGCAUCAUGGGAAGGGCUUUGGCUCUGGCCACUACACUGCCUACUGCUACAACAAAGAAGGAAGGUUCUGGGUCCACUGUAAUGACUCUAAGCUGAAUGUGUGUUCUGUGGAGGAGGUGUGUGGUGCCCAGGCCUACAUACUCUUCUACACGCAGCGCUCCACUCAGGACAAAGACAGGCCGCUAUAGGACCAGGACCCACUGAGCCCCGCCCCAAACCCUCCUUUGUACCUCAGCAGUCCAGUGACGUGACAUCAUCAGCAUUACCACCACCAAAACAUCUCAACCCCCCUCCCCUCUCUCACACUCUUUCUUUGUGUUCAUUUUUAUCUCCUCUGGGGGGGGAGGAAUGAUAAUUAUCAUUUAUUUUUCUAAAAGACACAAAGGACAGUCUUUUUUAAAAUUUAUUUUUGUCUUUGUGAAUCUCUUGUACAUGUUGUUUAUAUGGGUUUUAAAAGAAAAGGAAAACAUGUUUGAUAGUGUAAAGGUUUAUUUUAUCAAGAGUAUCAGCCAAGUUGUGCGUUGUAUUAUAGACACGCCUUUACAGGAGUAGAGACAGACUUUGGCCAGGUGUGACUGUAGUUCAGAUUUAUUCAGGUGUCAACCUUCUGCUCUUCUGUGCUCUGUUUUUCUUUUUCUCAAACAAUUUGAAUCAACUACAGUGUUUCUCACAGCCACUUUAGACAGUUGACUAAGGGAUGUCAGUCAGUCAAAUUCUCAACUGGAAUGUAGACUGAAACAGAUAAUUCCCUCCAUAAAUAGUUUGAGUUUAACCCCUUUAGUUUCGCCAGAGACGUAAGGGGAAGCGAGACACCUCCCUCGCUCCUAUUUUCUGAUUCAUAUAUAGUCAAUGAACUAAGCAGACCAGACCCAGCUGUUAAUGCAUUGGUGCCUAUGGGAGAGCCACCACUUAAGUGGACCGGAACGGUGAUAUUUAAAAAAAGAAAAAGAAAAGAUAAACAGCCUGAGUGGGACAUCUUAAUUUAUCCACCAUCUUUGGUAUCGCUCUCUGUAGUAAGUCCGGUCGGUCAGGAAAUGGUUUAUAAUUGAUUACUGACCUCACGCCAAAGCAUGAGGGAAACGGUUAAAAAGUAUCUCAGCUUCCCCCAAAAACAAUUACAGAACAUUUGCAAGAUAUAUUCUUUGAUUGGUUUUGGAAAAUCUAUUUUAUAACCAGUUUCCAGCUGAAUGCUGCCCUCUGUCUUCAGUGGUGCUGGUGUUUUUAGGCCUGUUGCCUCAACUUUUGGUUGGUAUCCCGACAGCAGUCAUAAUUGUCAUAGAAAAGUGCCCUUCGUUAUCAGAACAUAUCUAUUUUUGUAGUUCCUUUGCCAGAAGUGCAUUUGGUAUCAGUUCUUUGUAGCAGUCCUACCCAGGCCAGCAUUUAGAAUAUUGAAUGUAUUUUUGUAUACUCUUGACAUCGAGGAUGUUUCACAGAAGUUGUUUAAAAACAGGGCCACUGACUGUUAGAGAUUUUGUAAUUGAUUCCUUCCCCCUCUAGUUGUUUGGAAUCACCAGCAGGUCUGACCCGUCUCUCCUGUGUGUGUGUGUGUGUGUGUAUACCAGCAUGUGUUCACACAAUAUAGUUGGCUCUGUAUAAUGUAAGUAUAAAAUAGCCAGACUGGUGCAAGUAGAUCCUUGCUGCGUGUUUGAAACUGUGUGUGAGAGAUUUCUCCAUGCUGGUACUAGCUUAACUGCUCUCAACCUAAAUGCUGUUCAUCUCUAGAUUCACCUGUUGGGGAGAAUUCAAAGCACAUUUCCACCCGAUGUAUGUUGGCAUUGUGCUCAUACUGCCUCGGGUGUGUACACAUUUAUGGAAGUGAUACUAUGCAAAUUCUUACCUCAAUUUUUAGAGAAUUACCUCAUGAGAAUAUAUUUUCAUUUUUCUAAGAAAACA